UGCAGGACUCCUCAUAUGACCCACCACAUGUAUAAAAGUGCUGUUACCUGCAGACUGGACAGUGUCGCCACAUCCUCGGCUGACACACUCUCCUCAUCUGCAGCUCACUGGCAGAUUCACACUGCAGGAAUGAACAGUGUCUCUUUGACCCCAGCCAUGCUCUCCUUCUCAACUCCAUCCCCUCUCUACCUGAGUCUCCUCCUCUUUCUGUCGCACCACUCCCUCGUUCUCUCCUGUGAGGUCACGGCCGAGUGCAAGUCCGCUCCCUUUGUGCCAGGCUACAACCUGGUGGGGGAGGGCUUUGAUGUGGUCACCCUGCGAAGGAAAGGAGCUUAUACGGUCGACGUGAAGACUUACGCCACCCCAAAUGGCACCUGUAUCCUCCGUCGCAACCCUCUUCAAGGCAACGUGCUGCAGAAACUGCCGCUCUCUGCUGUAGACUGGCGCGCAUUCAGCCGCUGCAGUGUUCAUCUGUACGGCAGCACGCACAGCUCCGUCAGCUCACUACUUCUCAGACACAGUAAUGAUGAGAGCAACGACUGGAAAGUGGGACUAGACUGGAAGAAGUUUGUCGGCCUGGAGGUGGGGGGAACACGUUCCACUGCAUAUAACUUUGCUACAGCCAGGAGCAAAGAGGACCGCUACACCUUCAGCACUCACAGAGCCACAUGUAUCCAUUACAGUUACCGUGUGUCAGACACACCACCCCUCAGCUAUGAAUUCAGUAGGGAUUUGGAAAACCUGCCCAGUUCCUACAGCGACUCAACCAAGACCCAGUACAGACGGAUCAUAGAGACCUACGGCACACAUUAUAUCCGCCAGGCUUAUCUUGGGGGCCGAUUCAGGCGAGUCACAGCUGCACGUAUCUGUUUGUCCAGACUGAAUGGCCUCUCCUCUUACGAGGUGCACAACUGCUUGACACGGGGUAUCAAUGUAGGCCUGGGGAAGUUCAAACUGUCUGCUAAUCAAAACACCUGCAGCAAAGUCCUACAGAACCAGGGCAUCUCCACCUUGUUCAGCUCUGGACUCCACCAGCAUUACACAGAGGUGGUAGGAGGCAAAGGUUGGGUCGGGGAGUUUGCACUCACCAGGAACGACUCUGUGGGCUACCGAAAUUGGCUGAAAACCCUCAAGGACCUCCCAGAAGUUGUUCGGUACUCCCUGAGACCACUGUACGAGCUGGUGCCAAACCCGACAAAAAAGCAAGGACUGAAGGCCGCCAUAGAGCAGUACUUAAAAGACCACGGCAUCAAGAGCUCGUCAACACAACCGUUCUGUGGCUGGCAUGACCCUAACCUGGAUUCUAGCUGCUGUCCUAAACAGGCCUCGAAGGGAAGACUGGUGGUGACCAUCGUCCGAGCCUGGGGACUGAAAGGAGAUUACUGGGGCAGGACUGAGGGAUAUGCUAAGAUGUGGUACGGCUCCAUCUACCGCAAGACCCGUGUGAUCAGAUCAAACAGCCCUCACUGGAACGCACGUUAUGAUCUGGGCAAGGUGGACACACACUUGGGUCUGAAGAUUGAAGUCUGGGAUGAAGACUGGGGCAGAGACGACCGUCUGGGGUCAUGUACAAGGACCCUGAGGCAGGGGACGCACAGAUUCACCUGCCCAGCCAAGAGAGGCGGCAUCGAGAUCCUGUACACUCUCACCUGUGACCGCCACCUGACCGGAGACAGGUGCCAGCAGUACAAACCAUCUCGGUACUGAGCAAUGCAUUCUGGGUGGUUUUAAGUAAAAUGAGUGUCACACCAUUCGGUUUCCAGUUUUAAAGAUUUGGUAAUACUUAUUCACUUCUGUAAUUUAAGCCUAUAUUCAGCAUCAUUUGUGUUUCUCAACUUCAACAACAAUAUACAACAAUCAGUUGUAGUUUAGUGUUCAGCCAUGUUUGAUUAUUGGAGAGAUAGUAGUCCUGUUUACUGGGUGGAGGGGCCACAUUCGAAUCUUAGAUUCUGCUUUUGUCAUAUAAAGAUGCUGUUGAUUAUUUUCUGAAUUCAUGUGUCAAAACUGUAAAAUCUUUCUGCUGACUUCUGUGCAUUAUCAGAGUUACUAUAUUUGUCUUGUCUUUCUCAAGCCAAUAAAAACUUUUGAAACUUA